AUGGCUUCUAAUCAGAUCGUUGCCUCGCCGCAGGCGGUGAUGCACCAGGUUUCAAGACUUAGCGAUAAUGACCCGGACUUCCGUUUCAUGGCUUUGAACGAUUUGCUGCAACUCAUCACCCACGCCAAAUCCGACUUCUUGCACCACGACUACAAUAUUGCAGCUCGUACUGUCGAUAGCAUCAUCAAAACUCUCGACGACCAGAAUGGCGAGGUCCAGAACCUUGCAGUCAAAUGCCUUGGUCCUUUCGUGAGCAAGAUCCCUACCCCCGUUAUCGCACCCAUGAUCGAGAAACUCUCGUCAUUGAAGCUCAAGAACUCCGUGGACAAUUCCGUACCUUCCUUGGCGCUACGAAACGUCAUCAUCGCUCUCCCUCGACCCGUCCCAGGACUCCCGCCAACCUCAGAUGUGCAGGAAUCGUAUAGUGCCAUUAGCCGUGUGCUGAUUCCCCGCCUUAUCGGCCCCGGCCCCAAGACACAAGUUCCCAGGAACUCAAAGAUUGCUCUUCCUCCUGUACCUGAAGGACUUCUACAGAAUGAAAGCGAUCUAAAUGCCGAAGCAGUCGACGUGCUUAUCGAGGUCGUUCGAUGCUUCGGACCUAUGCUUGCCCAAGUUGAGGUGGAGGCCAUGCAAGCAGUCGUCAUUCAACUGCUGGAAAGCGAGAAGGGGACAUCGGUGGUCAAGAAGAGGGCUGUUGUAGCUAUCUCCAUGCUCGCGGUUUAUUUGUCCGAUGAACAUCUGGAGGAAGUGGUGAAACGAAUUACCGCUGGCCUGUCCAAACAAACCAGCCCAGUCACAAGAAGACUGUACAUUUCUAUUCUCGGCAGCAUGGCACGAUCGAUUCCUUCCCGAUUUGGACCUCACCUGUCCGAGACUGCCCCUCUGGUUCUUCAAGCAGUCAGUGAAACGGAACUAGAGGAACAUCUUGAGGCGCUUAGUGAUGGUGAUGAUCUUGGUCAAGACUUUAACGAGGUUCGCGAGGCUGCUCUGGUAGCCCUUGAGUCUUUCUUGGCAUCAUGCCCUCAAGAGAUGCGCCCUUUCACGGAUCCUACAAUAGACGCUUGCCUUCGAUUCAUCAAAUACGACCCUAACUACAACGUCGAUGAUGAAGACGAGGAUAUGGAAGACGAAGAAGAGGAAGAGGAAAUGGAUGACGACGAUGAAUUCGAUGCUGAUGAUGGCUUCGAAGAUGAUGACGAUGAUGCCAGCUGGAAGGUUCGACGAUGCGCCGCAAAGACCAUCUACACGCUUAUCUCAACUCGCGGAAGUGGUGACCUUCUUGAGAAUGGUGUUCUCUACAACCUGACAGCACCUCUGCUUAUCAAGCGUAUUUCUGAGCGAGAGGAGAAUGUUCGCUUAGAGAUUAUCUCAGCACUUUCUCUCUUGGUUCGCAAGACAGGUGAAGGGAUUCACACAGUCGACCUUUCCCUCGAGGACUUUGAGGGAGAGUCUGAAUCACGCAUCCCCAUCAGCCGAAAGCGAAGGCGCCAGAGUAGUGGUGGCGGCUCUACAGCAUCUCAAUUCAUGUCAGGUACUGGUCUUGUUUCGCCUGUGCUAGAGAAGGUCCCUCUCAGUGGCCCUCGAGCCGACUUGGCUCGCCUGACACCAUCUAUUGUCAAGGCUAUCACUAAACAACUCAAGGGAAAAACCAUUCCUACCAAACAAGCAGUCAUCAGUCUUCUCGACGACAUAGUGUCGGUUCAGCAUGGCGGACUGGCUGAAUACUUCGAUCAGGUUAUUGGCCCUAUCAUUGAGGCCAUCCAGGCCAGUGGAUCUGCUCCUGUGUCGUCCCAUCUAUCUUCUCACGCCGGUUCUUCAGCGACACCAAGCACUCUAAGGAUUACUGCUCUAGGGGUGGUCAGUGAUAUCGCAAAGACUCAUUCAUCUACUAUUCUACAACCAUAUCUUACCAAGAUUGUCGACGGUGUCACCUCUGCAGCCAACAACCGGUUUUAUAAGAUUUCUAGUGAGGCUAUUCGCACGGUUGAAGAGCUGGUCAAGGCCAUCACCCCACCCCGAUCUCGCAACGCUGCCUCUAAGUAUAAGGCAGAGCUGGAAAAGCUUUACACUGUCAUCUUGGACAGAUCUUCAGCCCAGGAUGCGGAUGCUGAGGUUCGACAACGGGCUAUUCAUGCUCUGGGUGUUCUAAUCUCGCGAACUUCGACUUCUGAUGGUCCUUCUCUACUCUUUGAUGACAAGACGAGGCCGCUUAAGGCCGCAUUGGAUGUCCUUCAGGACAGAUUGAAGAAUGAGACUACCAGACUAGCUGCUGUUCGUGCCGUGGAGAAUGUUGCCCGCUAUGCCAAGGCUCCUGGCCAGCUAGAACGACAAUGGAUUCAGGAUGUUGCUUUGGAGUUAUCUGCGCAGUUGCGAAAGGCGAAUCGUUCUCUGCGUGGUUCCAGCAUUAUUGCUCUCCAAAACCUUGUCCUGUCGCCUGCUACUAAGGGUCAGCUCGAAUCGGAAACGAUUCAAGGGAUUGUGGCGGAGUUGAUACCCAUCAUUACAGCUGGGGACACGCAUCUCCUUGGACCGACCUUGAUCAUACUUUCCAAACUGGUCCCAGAACAUCCGGAGUUAGUGGUGACUGAGGAUUUGAUUGCUGCAUUCUCACAGCUUCUCAAGCAGCACUUUGCCGGCAUAGUCCUUGAGCCGCUUCUCGAUCUUGUCAGCAGUAUCGGCCAGCAUGGGGCGGGUCAAGGACUCAUGCAGGGGCUUCUCAAGGAUGUCAGUGUCGCCGGCGAUCCCCCAGUUGUUGGUAAAGUCAUCGGAACUCUGCUUGUCACUGGAGGCGAGUCGGUGGGGGUCAAGCUGGAUAGCUUUAUUACAGAGCUAUACACAAGCGCCAAGAGUAACGAUGAAGCUCGAGUCAGUCUUGCUCUGGCUGUUCUGGGAGAAGCUGGAAAGAGACUCGGAACAAACUCGACCCUCAAGCCUGAUCUUUUCCUGGAUCAAUUCCACGACGAGCCCGACAAGGUAUCACUAUCUGCUGCCGUUGCUCUUGGCCAGGCCGGUUCGGGCAACGUCCCUGAGUUCCUACCCAUCAUUAUGAAAAACAUGCAAAAGGGCGGCAACAUCCAGUAUCUGCUCAUUCAAUCAAUCAAGGAAAUCCUUCAAUCCAUCUCAGCACAGUCCACUGACCUGCGAAAGUACGCCACCACUAUUUGGGAUGAGCUGCUGAAGGCUUCGGACAAUGCUGACAACAAGGUUGUCUGCGCUGAAUGUGUGGGACGCCUUGUUACUCUCGACCCUAACGUUUUCAUUCCCCGUCUGCAGGCCCUUCUGAAGGAUGAGUCUCUCGGCAUCCGAGGCAUGGCUGUCCAGGCUGUCCGCUACACCCUUCCCGAGAGUGACGAGGUUUUGGAUGGCAUGCUGCGAGAUGUUCUCAUUCAAAUGCUGUUGACUAUGCUUCAAGACGCCGACAUGGACAUUCGCCGAUUGGCAAUGACCACCCUCACUACAGCUGCUCGAACUAAGCCGGACCUCAUCCACCCACACCUGGGUGAGCUGAUGCCAUUCGUACUGCAAGAGUCGGUCAUCAAGAAGGAGCUCAUCCGAGAAGUCAUGAUGGGACCGUUCAAGCAUACCGUGGAUGAUGGCCUUGAAGUCCGAAAGAGUGCGUACGAGACACUGUAUGCCUUGAUGGAGACUGCUUUCAGUCGCAUCAACAACAUCGACUUUUACGAUCGUGUCGUGGCGGGUCUCAAGGACGACAACGAUAUUCGCCAGCUGUGCAAUCUUAUGGUGACCAAGUUGAUCUCGAUUGACCCUGAUGAGACAACUCGCCGCCUGAACUCAAUCGCUGAGGCUUAUCGCUCUGUUCUCUCGGUCAAGCUGAAAGAUAAUGCCGUGAAGCAGGACCUCGAGAAGCAAGAAGAAGCCAACAAGAGUAUUCUAAGAGUCACUGUAUUACUGGGCGAGAAGAUGAAGGCCACAACAGGUAAUGCUGGAGCGGCUACUAGCAAUGCUGGUGCCGCCAGUACCUGGACAGGAUACUGGGAGUGGGUGAACAAGGAAUUCGAGAAGCAGUUGAAGACACUUAGAGAGGAGAACAGCAAACUGCAGACCCGAAUGGUUUAG